UUCAUUAACGAGUGAAUAAUGCCAGAUUGGUUUUUUUUCACGAUUUAGGCGAUACUCAUCCCAUCUCAUCGCUGCGUCAUGUCAGUAUCAUCAAGCUAUUGCAUAGAUGUGAAUUAUAUUCUAGUCAUUUUUCGCUUUAUUUUAUGAAUUUCGAACGAGUAAUAUUUUAGGUUUACAUGUAGAUAGAAGAUAUAAUUGGCAUUGGAGCAGAAUUCCGUUAUGACAUAAUUUCCGGGUUUUUUUUUUUAGGAUAGCGAUGCCAGCUGCGUAUUUUCUCAAGUGAUUCUGAUACUUGGUAACUUUAAAGGUCUGGCUGCAUGCACGGGAACUCCAAGGUCUGGUUUAACAUCGUACUCGGCGAGAAGAAGGAAUAACUUCUGUUCUUUGAAUGUUCAUGCCAGUCAGUCUGACCUUUGGCAAUAUUUAAAGAGUCUUACUAAUGUUGAUGAAAUUCAGGUGAUAAACUGCUGUUGAUAACCCAAACGUGUUCUUUAUUACCGCUUCUUUACUCACAAAUGUCUUGAGUCGAUACCGGAAGACACCGAAAGACACCUAAGUACUAGAAGACACUGAGAUCAUCACUAAUCAGAAUGAACACGUGCAAAGAUUACAUAUUACUUAUAAAAAGAAUAGAACUGGGCAUCGCCUUUGUAUUCAUUUCGACAACCCUGCUCCUUAUUCUUGGCUGUCCACGAUUCCGACAACGCCAUCACAUUUUUUCAUUCAACCUCGCUCUUGCUGAUCUGGUUGGUGUAGUCAUCUACGUCAUUUUCGAGGUAAAAAGGAUAAGGAAUCAGGUGGGGAGUCCGGUAAUUACCGAUGUCCUCAUACCCGCUGUAUAUUCUUCAUUUCUGGUGUCCAAUAUCAGUGUCCUAUUGGUAGCUGUUUACCGAUUCAUCACCAUCAAGGUAGAUCCUUUCGGCGUCAAGAAUAUCAUUACCACCACCCGAUGUGUCCUUUGUUGCAUCGGUUCUUGGAUCUUUGCAGGAUUGCUGGCCCUCCUGUACAAGAGAACUAUUCACUACCACGUGAUUCCGUUCUACACUACCACCAUAUCCCUAACAACGACGUCCAUAUGUUACGUUUUCAUUUACCGCUCCGUUGCCAAGGUGUCUUCUGAUGGCAACAGUCAGCUGGACGAACGCAAGAAGGAGAACCAACGGGUCUUGCGAACAUUCUUGAUGAUUCUGGGCACCACAGUUUUCUUCUCGCUGUACCCCAUGGGCUUGUGGUUAUACCUAAGUCGAAAUUUGAAGUCUGAUCUCAGUCCGUGUUAUAUCCUUACAGAGGAGUUGGUCAUCACAACCAAUUGGAUAUCCAACUGCAUCAUCUAUUGGUGGAGGCUCAGGGAGUUUCGCGACAUGAUCUUUGUUUGGACAAGGCGUUGUAACGCCACCGUACGUGUUCAUGCAGUUGUAUCUUAACUGAAAUGAACAAAAAUAAAUCUCUUAACUUCGAAACUCAACGUCGAUCGGUCGAUUAUUGAAUUAUGUGAUUUUCAAAGAGCAAACGGGGAUACAGUUAACGGUUACAGUAGGCAACGGUAUAAGCUAUCAUCGUUGCGCAUCUCUCAUCUUCUUAGAUCCUGCAAGGGAUUAAUAAACAAAAAUACCUCACAAAACACAACAAAUAAUCUAUAACGAAACCACAAAUAAAACGAUUGAAAACCCAGUGGAUUGAACAUAUUGGGAGGUAGAAAGAAACAACUGAUUAUACUUUUCCCCCCCAUUAGCCCAAUCUAGGUUAUGUAGGCGUACCUAUACACUACAGAGGCCGUGGGUUCUUGAUUUCGUUCACUUGGCUUAGUGUACGAAUAACCUACAGAACGAAUCUUCUCAUGCCAGUAGUCAUCAUAUUUCUUUGAUAAUUCCAAACAUAUCAAUUACGUGGAACAUUACUCGGGAAUUUCCAAUAGGAAAUUCAACUCUUGUUCAGCCCUUGCACAAAUUUGAUGUAUCAUCUACAUUAUAUCUCGAUAUUAUCAUUCAUGUUUUCUUCUCUUUUUCAGAAGAGUGUGCCCCUAAUUCCGCCAGACACGCCACGGUGUUAGCUGGAGAGCCGACAUGUCAUGAAUAGUUCCUUAAGUAGUCUAGAUUACCCCCAGUGUGUACAGAUUUAGCAUGCGUGGGCAAGGCGCGGUUUAAAAUAAUUGGACGCCCUUAAGGCCGUUCUCAAUUUCUUAACCCGCCGAAAUGUUAGUUUUUCAUCAUCCAUGCUCGUUCAGGAUUUACAUUCUCUAAUCCCCAUCUCAUUAUGUUCUAAGCAACUCACACUCUAAAAAUAUUAAGCCAAUAUUGGUUAAAGAGAGUACACGCAUGUUUGUUGGAUAAAAUAUAGAAAAAAAUUAUCGUUUUGACUUGCGUGAAAACAUCCCCAAGAAACGUGUUUUCUUUUGCCAGCAAUAUCCAUUCUCUUUUUAUCCGAUACUGGGAAAAUUUGUUACCCAACUUUUGUUUACAGUGUGAAAAGGUUAACGGUUAACAUGAUUAAUGUAUUGGAAUUUCAAUAAAGCGAUCCAUAUUCCAACUAAAUGAACAAUUUUGUAACAGAUGCAGAGGAAAUGCACCGGGGUAUAUUUUCUAAUUUUUUUCACGAUUGUAAUUUUACUGGAUACAUGUUUAUCUAGCUCUUACUGAUAUCAAAAUAACUUAAUAAUUUCCUGUCGAUCAAUCAGAAAGUCAAUAAUAUUUAUCAGAAUGAAGAUUCGCAUGAGUUGUUAAAAUAUUUUUAUCUUCGAUAUUUUUUGGUUAUAUUUUUUCUAAAGAAAAAAAAUUGUUAUAAAAACAAGUUUGGAAAUAACAUUCAGUGGCCCGUAUCCUUACUUCGACUUUAUGGCUAGACAAUUGCCAUACAAAUCUCUAACACUAACAGUACAGAUUAAUUUACCGCAUGAAUUGACACCUAAAUCAUUGACUGAUCAAUAACUAAAAUAGUUUUCUUCACCAUUAACAUAUAAAGAAAGAAAACAGUAAACACACAGACAAAAUAAUAUAAAAUGUAAACAAAAUUUUGGAAUUAUCGGCUUUCCUGUAACUUUAGCACGCAAUUAUAUCAUAAACUAGGUUAAAUUGGAUUACAGAAUACAGACUCGUGAGCUCAAACAGGAGAAAUAUUCAUACAUUCGAGAACGCAAUUUAAUAUUUUCCUUUCGACGAACGGAAUAAAGUACCCAUGACGAAAGAUACAGAACCAUGAAUAGAGCCGCAAAGCUUUUACAAUUUGUACAUCUUGACAGCUGUUGAGUUGCUUGAAGUAUCAGCUUUCCGAAGCAAAAUUCAUUACAGCUAACUAGAUUUUAAAAUUCUUCCGGUGAAUGUAUUUCUUUGAAACAAACGAUGUGAAAAUUGGAAAUAAUGUGAAAAUAUCAUGUUCACAUUAAUUCAUAGAAUUCAUACGGUUGUCUUUUCAUAACUACAAAAAUGUUUAGGUAAAAAUCGCAGAUUGUGGUAAGUUGGUGUAGGAUUUUUAUGCCCCCGCAGACGAAGAUUUAUUAACAUGGAUGACAAAGGAAUUUCAUGUGAUACUUCCGAAGUAGUUUUUUUAGUACACCAAUCCACUCACACACCUACAUCCCCUCCUCACACACAAUAUAUACAUUUAAAUAUUCCAGAGGCUUGUCCUUUGCCGCUCGAAAUAACAGUUCAUUUAGUGAUAAUAUUGUGUUAGUGGGAUAUCUCGUUGAUAGGUACUCAGGAGCAGAUGUUUAAAAAAUUUAAAUAAAACUUAUUUCUAAAGAAAUCGAGGGGUGUUUUCUAGAGAUAUACGUGAAUUCAAUUAAUGAAACGAGUGAGCUUACGCAUUAGAUCUAUUUAGAGAUUUUUCACGUUUCCCUUGAUUGUGAUAAUGAGAAAGAAAGUUACGAGUCGAAUGAAAAGGAAAGUGAUAUAUGGCACCUUCACUUUCUCGUUAUACGAGGAGCUUCAUGUCAGGGAAGUUGAAAGAAAAACAUGCAUGUCAACAUUUCACGCAUGUCAGUCAUUACGCUUGAAUAGGCGCCCUGGGGAAACAUCGCUAACAAAAGUAAAAAGAGAGAAGAAAAUGGGGUGAAUUAAUAUUACUACCGUCCCCUUGCCAAGUCACGAAUUACUCAAGAGCAUCUCACUAUUAUACGUGUGGGAGAAUUAGAACGGAGAACAUGGCUGCCAUGCCCAAGGCGUUAAGUUUCAAUCUAGUUAUUCCAUACAGAUCGUCUCAUGUACUCGGAAAAUAAUGCCAGUUUGACGCGUAUGACUCUAUAAUAUCUCAUUAUAAGUUUAUCAGAUUUAGGUGAUUUUCAUGUUACAUGUUACCACUGCUCGAUUUUAAAGGCUCGUUAUGAUGAAUAGCUUCUUUAAAUUGAUAUUAUGUCUUAAGUUCUCGUC